UACUGGGAUGCCUCAUAAUCGGAAGUGACGUUCGUAGGUGAAUGUUUGGUUGGUUGGUGCGCAAGUCCAGACAGGAGAAGAGACAGCGAAGGGGAAUAUCAAAACCACAAAGGCUUUUUUCAAGACAAGAAAGGCUAAAUUCGGUGAGCAACUGUAAUAACUACAGUAUGAACCCUGCAUAUAGCCCCGCUCCAUCAGGGGUCCCUUUUGCUAACCCAAAGGGAAUAGGGUACCCAGCGGGUUUCCCCGUUGGCUAUGCGGCUGCUACACCUGCAUACUCCCCUAACAUGUACCCUGGAGCCAACACGGCCUUUCCCACAGGUUACACUCCGGGCACACCAUACAAAAUGUCAUGUUCUCCUGGCACUGGUGCUGUCCCGCCCUACUCCUCAUCCCCAAAUCCGUACCAGGCAGCAGUGUAUCCCAUGAGGAGCUCAUACCCCCAGCAGAACCCCUAUGCUCAGCAAGGCACUUACUACACGCAGCCCCUGUAUGCGGCUCCCCCGCACGUCAUCCACCACACCACCGUGGUGCAGCCCAACGGGAUGCCAGCCGCCAUGUUCGCCCCGCCCAUCCCUCAGCCCCGUGGCAACGGCGUCUCCAUGGGAAUGGUAGCAGGGACCACUAUGGCGAUGUCAGCCGGGACGUUGUUGACGACCCACUCUCCGACUCAAGUAGGCCCGCACCAAGUCACGAUCCCCACGUACAGACCCCCUGGCGCGCCAGCCUACAGCUAUGUGCCCUCACAGUGGUGAACCGUUGGCUGUGAUUUCAUUCUUCCAGACAAUUAGAGUCCAAAUGGAAAGAUUCCUUAAAAAAAAUUAAAAAAAUUUAAAAAUGGAGGAGGUGUAGUGAGGAUCUUCCCUGUCUGGACCCGAUGUGGAAACACCGCCCCACACCCUUCACGCCGUCUGCAGCACAUCUCACCGCCCAUAACAAGGUCUCCAUGCAAAGCUCAUGUUUUUGUGGACCAUCUUGCAGUUUUAUAGUGAUGGAAAGGGAGUUUGAACUGAUUUUAUUUGGGAUUCAUAUCCAGUUGAAUGCAUGUUUAUAUUCAAUUCAACGACUACAGAAAAAGCUUGCUCAAUUUACCCACAGUGACUGAUGCAAAAUCGCCCUAAGCAGAAAUCCUCCCUAAGCAGAGGGAGAAAAAAAAAAAAAAACUGCAGUUCUGUCCUCACUAAUGUCUUAAUGUGACUUUAAAAAUGUACUUCUUUCAAAGAGAUAUGUAAACUAGGUUUACUGACCGCAGUGUACUUGGAACAAUUUCUAUCAAUUAAGUUUUUUGUUUGAUGUUAUCAGAAUGGUUUUAUUUCACUGGCUGAUGCUGCAAGAGCUUUUAUCUACAACAGUGCAUUUUUGGGAUGGUGGCUUCUUGAGCUGAGCUGGUGCCUCUAGGUUGGGGUGAUGUGAGAGCCAGGAUUUAUGAAUUCCAGUCAAGUGGAUCUGUAGUAUGUUAUCAGUGAUUCACUGGUUUGGACUAAACAUGGUGUUCUGCUGUGGGGAGAAAAGGAUUUUCACUGGCUAGAAUGAAGUGAUUGACAGGACACGGAAGCUCCACCUAUUAUAGUGUUCAUUAAGCCUUGCUCUCUCAUUGUUAAGUUGUGCCUGGGAAGGCCUGAACAAAAACAAGCAGAGCUUUGUGAUUGGAUCUGUAUUAUAUUACCCCUGCAUAUGAAUUGUAAAAAUUCAGAUGGGGGAGGGAGGAAAAAAGUAUUUAACUCGAGACAUUUUUAAACGAGUGAGAUGUCCUUUUGUCCUCCAGUGAGUUCAAACUUUAGUAUAAGUUUGCUAAAUUAUAAAUGCACUGUUAUUUUAUGGAAGUUACUGGAUAACAGGGUAAUGUGGUGGGAAUUAGAGAGAUGUAGUUACAAUGCAGUAAAAAGCUUAUCAGCCAAAUCAUCCUGGUUUGUUCAGUUUUUAGACUGAAUCAUUGUGGACCACCCCUAGGGUGCACCAGAGCUGGCUUCAUCGGUUUUCAUAUACACUACAUUUUUCAUGGAAGCCACCUUACAUGUCUAAGAUGUUAAAAAUAAUGUUAAUGUUUUUUGUACUGUAUUUUCAAGAGACCAAUAUAAUAAAUAAAACCCAAUUGUGAAUAUAUUCUGUCUAGCAAAAAUGGGUAGUAAAAAUACAGUGGAAGAAGUCAGCUACCGCUUUUAUUCAAGUAAACGUAUUAAAAUAUGAUGAUGCUAAAAUUGUCAAAAUGUGCACACAGUAAGGAUACAGCAGUAUGAGGCGAUUAUGGUGCUAUACUAAAAAUUACCACCAGUGCUAGAAUUGAAGUGAUGUUUGUGUCCACCCUAGAUAUUGGUAUAGAAUCCUAGAAUAAAGCCUUAAAAGCUUUGAAUAAACACAGGCAGGCGGAAUUGCAUUUAAAUCAGCAUUGCUGAGAACUGCACCAGUUUAUACCAGUAGGGCUUGCGUGUUUUGAAACUACAGUAUUCAAAAGCUUUUUAUAUGCACGCAUAAUGUCAUGUAUGGUUAUGACAGCACAAUUUAUGAAGAGUCCUUCACAGGCAUUGAAAUGUCAUUCUGUCCCUGCUGUAAGUGACUGUCGGUCUGGGCCCACAUAUUCCACCAUGCUGUUUGAAAUGAGCCUUAUUUUUUAUUUUUAUUUUUUCCCCCUUUUUUAUGCCAGUGACUUUUAUCGUUUUAUUUAAUUUUUUGAGACAUUCGUUCAAAUAGUUCAGUCCAUAGUUAUGAGCAAUUCAGAUGCAGUUCAUUGUAGCAUGUCAAACAAGAACAAAACUAGAAGGUCAUAAAAUGAACAUUCCUACAGACUCCUGCAAGGGCUAGCAAUAUUUCUUUUUACUGAAGGUUUUAUAAUUAUAUUUGCAGUCCAGUAUUGGUUUUCAUGUUUGUCUGUCCCUUCUUUCAGAAAUUGGCUGUGGGAAAUUGCCACUCGGACUAGCUCUGUGAACCUCUGGCAUGUCUUCAUUGGUCUCCCUAUUUCACGCAGAUGGGAGUAAUGUAUCAUAACCACAAAGUUGUUGGAGAUUUAAUUUGUUGUUAGUAACUCGUUGGAUUGAACCAUUUGUUUUGUGCUGGUCUCCUGUAUUUCUGGUUUGGUACGGAGAGCACGUCCUCACACCAGAAUGACAGAAUAUUUCUGCUUUGUAUUCUGCGGCAAUGACCUUCAUUCCUGGUCCUGGUGGGCCGCAGGGUCUGCUGGUUUGUUUAGCCUUAAUAUCAGCAACCAAUUCAGACCCAAGAAACCAGGUGAGGUGAGUUAGCCCUGUAAUUAACCGCUUUAAUUGAUCAACUAAGUGCCGAGUAACAAACAAAAGCCUGCAGACCCUGUGGCCCGCCAGGACCGGUAAUGAAGAUCACUGCUCUACGGGGUCAGUGCCGGCUGCUUGCUGUCAUUGAUGCAGUUUAGAAGCCCAAGGCCAGAAGCUGUUAUGAAAAGAAAGCUCCGUCACUGAAGGCAACGAUCCUUUUCAGUCAAGAGCCUCAUGCCAGAGAGUCUUGGUUUUUGCUUUCUCUGAGCCCAAUGAGGUGCUGAUGCGCUGUUGCUGAUGCGAUAUUGUGUCGAGAGGUCUGAUGGUUUUGGAUGCUCUGUUCCAAAUUUAUGAUUGGUCCAGUCUCUGAUUAAACAAAUUGUACUAAUUAAUACCAACCAAUGCAGGUUUUUCUGGAUAGGGGACUAGUGUUAGAAGCCUAGGCAGAGAUUAAACUCUCAAAGUGAGGAAUUGAUCAAGAGGCAGGCUGAUCUGGGAGGCUUCGUUAGGCUUCUUCCUGUUAAUCGUUUAGGCUCGAUACAGCUUUGAAAGGCUGAUUAUACCUUGGACAGGAGGCUACAGUGCUGGUCUGGCCAGCAUUCAGCUCUGCUUUGUGCAAUAGGUGUCAAGAUCUUCAUGCGACCAAAAAGCACUACUACAUAUCUUAGGCUUGCUAAAUUUGCUGUCCAAAGUGGAAUUCAUAAUUGGUUUGAAUGCAGUGUUUAAAUUCAUUCAUUUUUUUUUGUCUAUUGUAUAAGUCUCAGCAAUAUGAUUUAGUAAUGCUCAGCACAUAAGGACAAGGCACCCAUCACACUUCUUUGUGGCCUGCUUAUAGCAACGUGUUUUAGGAACUGUGAUAUGACAUUGAUUGUGCCCUGUUACCUCAGUUGUGGGCAAGCUUGCCCGUCUGGCGACGCCAGUCUGUUGCCCGUCUGGGGCAGCUUGCCAGCCUGCCUGCCGGGAAACGCAUGGACCGUGGCAAGCGCCACCGAGUCCCGUCAUUGUGCUGGUAUCCACUAGGUGGCGUAAUGUCUUGAUCUGAAAUGUGCAUCAAAGGAAGUGUGUGCGCGUGUGUGUUUUUUGUUUACGGAGAUGUAUUUACAGCAUUUUAAAUAAAGUUGAUAUACAAAAUGAAA